CGCCCGCGCGCCGCCCCAGAUCCCAGCCCAGGACCUGGUGAGCGAGGCGCCGGCGCUGCCCCUGGCCUGGCUGCACCCCACCCUACCCCCAUCCCGCUAGCCUCCCGGGCUCCUGCGUCCGCCCCCAGCCGGCCUCCCUCAUUGUCCUCGAUCGCCCCGGCCUUGUGUCUGGCGGAGGCGCUCGGGCCCCCGGCCCCACAGCCACAUCCCCCACUGCAUGCACCCCUCCCCGGGGCUCCACACCCACCUGUCCUCUGCUGCCUCCCCCGUCCCGGGGUGCCACGUGUUCAGCCUCCCAGCCCCGCCCAGACGCACCCCUCAGACUGGUGGCUAGCCUGAUCCAGAGCCCCUGCCCUGGAGGGAGAGGUGGGAAUACUUGCACGUGGGUCUGGGUGUAUGGCUAAGCUUGUAUAAGUCCGGGAGCCGCGGUUUGUUGAUGUAUGUGGCUUGUAUGUUACUGUCACCCCAAGUGUGUCUGGCUCUAUAUGUAGGUCUCUGUGUGUCCCUUGAGUGUGGGUGCCUACUGCUGGUACUAAAGCUGUCUGUGAUUCUGUGUAUGUUUGAGAUAUUCUGCUCUCAGGAGCAGAAGUGUUUGUUGACCUUUUGGAACUACAGCGGUGCUCUGACCCAAGCAAGACAGACAGGCACGACCACCACCACCACCACCACCUCCACCCCCACCCCCGUCCACCUCUGCCAUCCUAAGAACUUUACUCCUCCAGGGCCCAAGCAUACUCCAUUUCAGAAACGAGAACUAACUUUGCUGAUGAGGCUCCAGAGCCAGCCUAAGAUCUUAGGUGAGGGCUGUCUCUCACUAGCCCUGCACUAUACUUCACCCCUUGUUCCAAUUGGAAGGAUCCUUUGAAACUUCCUCCCCAUUUUGGGACCCCUGAAUGCUGAAUGCCCCUUCUCAGCCUGGUCCCAUUUGGUCAGGCCUUCUUACUGUUGGGACCUGAAUGCCCAAACCUGCCUAGGUCUGAAUGACUUCCCAUCAGGACCCCUUGCAAGGACUAAAUGAAAUCAUUGUGUGAAGUAUUCCUAUGUGAUAGGCACUCAGUAACCGAUCAUUCCCUAAACUAUGUGUCCUGGGUUGAGAAUUCUAUCCUGUGAGGUAUCUGGUCUCUGGGGCACAGAUGGAGCCUGUAGAUAAAAGUGGUUCGGUGCUGAGAUGCAAUCCUGUGUAAUCAAGUUCACCUGUCCACACUGAUGCUGGCAGCCAGAUGCUUGGGCCCACUGGGCAGGCCAUUGGCCACCUGCGGGAUGAGCAGACUGCUGGGGGGGACGCUGGAGCGGGUCUGCAAGGCUGUGCUCCUCCUCUGCCUGCUGCACUUCCUUGUGGCUGUCAUCCUCUACUUUGACGUCUACGCCCAGCACCUGGCCUUUUUCAGCCGCUUCAGUACCCGAAGCCCAGCCCAUGCCCUCUACCCUGCAGCCAGCAGCAGCACCAACUGCUCUCGGCCCAAUGCCACUGCCGCUAGCUCUGGGCUUCCUGAAGUGCCCAGUGCCCGGCCUGGCCCCACAGCUCCAGCCAUCCCACCCUGUCCUGACGUGCCACCUGGUCUUGUGGGCCGAGUGGUCAUCGAGUUCACCUCACCCAUGCCUCUGGAGCGGGUGCAGAGGGAGAACCCAGGCGUGCUCCUGGGAGGCCGCUAUACACCACCCGACUGCACCCCAGCCCAAACGGUGGCAGUCAUCAUCCCCUUUAGACACCGGGAGCACCACCUACGCUAUUGGCUCCACUAUCUGCACCCCAUGUUGAGGCGGCAGCGGCUGCGCUACGGGAUCUAUGUCAUCAACCAGCAUGGUGAGGAGACCUUCAACCGGGCCAAGCUGCUCAACGUAGGCUUCCUAGAGGCGCUCAAGGAGGACGCUACCUAUGACUGCUUCAUCUUCAGUGAUGUGGACCUGGUCCCUAUGGAUGACCGCAAUCUGUAUCGUUGUGGUGACCAGCCCCGCCACUUUGCCAUCGCCAUGGACAAGUUUGGCUUCCGGCUGCCCUACGCGAGCUACUUCGGAGGUGUGUCAGGCCUGAGUAAGGCCCAGUUUCUGAGGAUCAACGGCUUUCCCAACGAGUACUGGGGCUGGGGCGGUGAAGAUGACGACAUCUUCAACCGGAUCUCUCUGACUGGGAUGAAGAUCUCGCGCCCAGAUGUCCGGAUAGGCCGCUACCGCAUGAUCAAGCACGACCGGGACAAACAUAACGAGCCCAACCCUCAGAGGUUUAGUAAGAUUCAGAACACAAAGAUGAGCAUGAAGUGGGACGGCAUUGGAUCAGUGCGGUACCGAGUCUUGGAAGUGUCUCGGCAACCACUCUUCACCAACAUCACAGUGGACAUCGGACGGCCCAUGUCCUGGUUCAAUCAAGGCUGACACUGACCGACAAAGGCCCUCCAUGCCCUUCUGAUGUGGAGGGUUGCCUGCCAGAGGACUGACCUACAGCCUGUCUGACAGCUGCUGGGGGGAGCAUCCCCCAAGACUGAGACUGUGAGCUGUUUUCUGAAGGUCUUAAUAGACAGCCAGCUGCACCUAGAAGUUUCAGAACCCACUUUGAGGGGCUUCUGGGCAAGCCCCUCUUAAUGGCCCUCUCUGAGGUCAAUCCUUCUUCCUGCCCUACUUCCCCCAGCCCAAACCUCCUCACUGUUAGGGUUGGGCCAGCCCCUGCACUGCCUCGCGGAGUGGCCUGGGCUAGGUCACUCCACCUCUGUGCCUCAGUUUCCCACCCCCCUUGAGUCCCCUAGGGCCUGGAAAGGUGGGAGGAUUUGACUAGGGGGCAGCAUUUCUUCCAGGGGGAGUUCUCAGAUCUGGGUAUCCCUCAUGCUUCCAGGGGAGGGGAACCUUUUUCCUUCAACAUGGUAGGGGGCAAGCUUUGGUAAGCCACCUACUGAGGAGUGCCCCCAGGAGGGGGCCAGAAGGGGUGCUGCGUUUCCUGGGAUCAUGGGGUUGGCCUUUGCAUGGGGGACAGGUGGGGCUUGGAUCAGUCAAUGGUUCUGGCCUCCCUGCCUUAGAGAGGAGGCAGAAGCCCCAGGGCCUGCUCAAUGUUUAUAUGUUGCACAGAAACUUGUGUGGGUGCUUUAGUAAAAAACGUUAAUGGAGCA